GCGAGGAUCAAAUGUUUUUCAUGUCGGCUGAAUAGAAGAAAAGAAAAAACGCGUUUGUUGUUUGAGAACGAGGCGAGCAGAAGUCUGGGCGAAGACGAGCUAGUUAGCUGACUGUCUGCUUGGGAGAUGGAGGAGCAGGAGAGAGCUAUGGAAGAGGAUGCUCUGGACUCAAAGCCUCCACUGACCACUGAAGAGGAUGAGCCCAAACACACCGUCCUCCACGGGUCUCAUAUCACUGAAACACAACAGGAGCCCAGGGAACCUGCACCUGAAGAGAAUGAGACGAAGCCACGGUUCUCCGAGCUGCUUGUUAUCAACAGCCUAGCUCCUCCAGACAGCUGGGAACACACUGAUAUCAAACUUGAGGAACUGACAAAGACAGAAAUGCUGAUACUGUCACAGACAGAGAAUCAGGCAGCGAUACAGACACAGGACCAGACACAGACAUUAUCACAGACAGAUGAGUUUAUCAUACUUGAUCAGAAUGGGCAGCCCCUACAGUGUGAACGCAUGGUGCUAGUGACCAGUCAGUCAGACAACGGAGAGAUGUAUGUUAUCCCCUCUAAUCAGCUAGGAGGGGCUCAGGUGUUACUUCCUAGAGGACACCUACUGGACAUCAUAGACCCUACAGGAUCCUGCGGGGAGAAGACUGCUGAUGAGAAAGAGCUUCACACCAUCACGUUAACAGCUGUUACGGAUGACAGCGGCAGUUUGACUAUAGUACCAUCGGCUGUUACGGAUGACAGAGGCAGUUUGACUACAGUACCAUCGGCUGUUACGGAUGACAGAGGCAGUUUGACUACAGUAACAUCGGCUGUUACGGAUGACAGCGGCAGUUUGACUAUAGUACCAUCGGCUGUUACGGAUGACAGCGGCAGUUUGACUAUAGUACCAUCGGCUGUUACGGAUGACAGAGGCAGUUUGACUACAGUACCAUCGACUGUUACGGAUGACAGAGGCAGUUUGACUACAGUACCAUCGGCUGUUACGGAUGACAGAGGCAGUUUGACUACAGUACCAUCGGCUGUUACGGAUGACAGAGGCAGUUUGACUACAGUACCAUCGGCUGUUACGGAUGACAGAGGCAGUUUGACUACAGUACCAUCGACUGUUACGGAUGACAGAGGCAGUUUGACUACAGUAACAUCGGCUGUUACGGAUGACAGAGGCAGUUUGACUACAGUACCAUCGGCUGUUACGGAUGACAGAGGCAGUUUGACUACAGUACCAUCGACUGUUACGGAUGACAGAGGCAGUUUGACUACAGUAACAUCGGCUGUUACGGAUGACAGCGGCAGUUUGACUACAGUAACAUCGGCUGUUACGGAUGACAGCGGCAGUUUGACUAUAGUACCAUCGGCUGUUACGGAUGACAGAGGCAGUUUGACUACAGUAACAUCGGCUGUUACGGAUGACAGCGGCAGUUUGACUACAGUAACAUCGGCUGUUACGGAUGACAGCGGCAGUUUGACUACAGUACCAUCGGCUGUUACGGAUGACAGCGGCAGUUUGACUACAGUACCAUCGGCUGCGGCUAAGAGCUCGGCACAGAGCUCUCAGGUCUGUUUCACCUCUCUGAAACCUCUCCCAGCCAACGCCCCCAACUGGGCCCUGAGGCUUCAUAAUGCUGAGAAGAUAGGUGACUCAUACCGUGGCUACUGUAACACCGACACAGAGCUGGAGACCAUCCUCCUGCUCCACAAGCAGCAGACCAACAGUGUGUUUGGGACACGCCAGUCCCCCUCCCCUGCCAAACCUGCCAGCCGCCUGAUGUGGAAGUCCCAAUACGUACCUUACGAUGGUGUCCCUUUUGUCAAUGCAGGCAGUAGAGCUAUAGUGAUGGAAUGUCAGUAUGGUCCAAGGAGGAAAGGCCUCCAGCCCAAGAAGACUGCAGAGCAGAACAUCAGUCCGAACAUUGAUUACAAAGCUACAUGCCCUGCCAGGAUCUAUAUCAAGAAGGUGUGUAAGUUUCCUCAGCACCGGGUGCCUACGGAUCCUAAGGUAGACAAGAGGGUUGUUCGUCAGGAACAGGAGAAAGCUUUCUUCAACCUCCGGAAGACCCUGUGGGACGUGGGCGGAGUCCUGAGGUACUACAUGCAGCUCCCCACCCAGAAAGCUCACCUCUAUCAUGACAUGGAGGCUCUCCUCCUGCCUCCUCCUCCAGACCUCCUCUUCCUCCCCAUGGAGGAGGAGGUGAAGCAGGAGGAGGAGGAGGAGAGGGGAUGUGUCUGUGAUGAAGGUGCGGAGGAUGGUGGAACCAUGCCAUCUCGUCUCCACCCCAGGGUGGCAGAGAAGAUCAGGGAGUUGGUUGAGCAGGGGUACCAUCAGGUGUACCAGGUCCGCAAACAGCUCAGGCGGUUUGUGGAGCGGGAGAUGUUUAAAUCAGAGGAGGUCCCAGAGAGACAUAACCUCUGCUACUUCCCAACAGUCAACGACAUAAAGAACCACAUCCACGAGGCCCAGAAGACCUUCCAGCAGGGGGGGGUCAUCACUGAUAUAACACAGUGGACUGAAGUGGACCCAAUGACUGUGACUCUGACCCUCACGCCAGCCCCUGCUGAAGUCUGUUCAGGUGCCUUCCAGAGAGUAGGAGUGUUGGAGGGGACUGACACGUUCAUUCCUGAGGCCGUACAGCUCUUCAGCUCCCUGCAACCCAAGAUCUUUGCCCAGCUACAGGGUAUCCAGCUCCAACCAGGCCUGUGUUCUUUUGACGGAGGUCUGUCUCAGUCGUCUACAGUCACUACAGACUUCCUGGAGCUGCCCAGCCCCCCACAGCCCCUCCUGGUCAGCCCCACACAGUUCCUCCAGUCCAGCCCCUCUCUGGGGGAAGCUAUGACCCUAGCUGACCCCUCAGUGGUUCUGGGCAUGGGUCAGGUGGUCAUGGUGUCAUCGUUAGGGGACGGACAGGUGGUCAGCGUGUCAUCUCUAGGGGACGAGAGCGUGGGGACACACCAGAUACUGUUGGAGGACGGACAGACCAUCCCUUUCCAGAUAGUGGCUCCUGCUAAUAUUGCUCUGAACAGUCCAGUUGAGGUCAAGGAGGAGGAGAUGAGGACGGAGGAGGACACUGUCAACCCUGUAGAUUGACACCAGGCCCUACAGGGGUUGUACUCCAGGUACCCCAGGGUUGUACUCCAGGGGUGUAUGUCAUUCCUCACAGGGGUGUAUCUCGUUCCUCACAGGGGUGUAUCUCAUUCUUCACAGGGGUGUACUUCAGCCCUCACAGGGGUGUACUUCAGCCCUCACAGGGGUGUGCUUCAGCCCUCACAGGGGUGUGCUUCAGCCCUCACAGGGGUGUGCUUCAGCCCUCACAGGGGUGUGCUUCAGCCCUCACAGGGGUGUACUUCAUUCCUCACAGAGGUGUAUCCCAUCUUUACCAUAUACUUACUGUAAGAGCGGUUGGUUUUACCUCAGGACGGUCAUGUUUAUUGAUCACGUUUAUUGUACAAUUGACUGAAAGUGCAAUUUAUCCAGUGUUUUCUCCUUGUCAUGCUUUUUGCUAUCAUCACGAGGAUCUUGUUUGCUAUCGCUUUAACAUCAUGGAAUCCAACGAAUAUUGUAUAAUUAUAGAUAAAAAAAUAAAAAAAGACAACUAGGAGAACCCUGGAUGUAUCAGGUUAAUAUCAUGUGUAUAUAUUAGUGCAUAGUCUUUUUAAUAGAUCUGAACCCUGUUGCAUAGUCUUUUUAAUAGAUCUGAACCCUGUUGCAUAGUCUUUUUAAUAGAUUUGAACCCUGUUGCAUAGUCUUUUUAAUAGAUCUGAACCCUGUUGCAUAGUCUUUUUAAUAGAUCUGAACCCUGUUGCAUAGUCUUUUUAAUAGAUUUGAACCCUGUUGCAUAGUCUUUUUAAUAGAUCUGAACCCUGUUGCAUAGUCUUUUUAAUAGAUCUGAACCCUGUUGCAUAGUCUUUUUAAUAGAUCUGAACCCUGUUGCAUAGUCUUUUUAAUAGAUCUGAACCCUGUUGCAUAGUCUUUUUAAUAGAUCUGAACCCUGUUGCAUAGUCUUUUUAAUAGAUCUGAACCCUGUUGCAUAGUCUUUUUAAUAGAUCUGAACCCUGUUGCAUAGUCUUCUGAGAUGUACUUCAAUGAAGGUUUAUUUUAUUUGUUUAAAUUAAUUAAUUCAUUAAGUUUAUUUCUUAAUUCAAUUGUUUUAAGUGGUUUACGGACUAUUCUAUUCAUUUGCCAAUAAAGAUCCAUCCAGUCUA